CACUGCGGUCGCCAGUCGCCUUUGCAAGAAGUGGCGGAACGAUGGCUACGGAGCUUGAGGAGCUUAUAGGCUUUCUGUCUUCUCCGUCACCUCAACAACCUUCAAGAUUUGGUAUAACGAAGGUCGCUGUUGAUAUAGUUCGUGGACUAACUGGCUCUGAUGAUGGCUUGCAAUCCUUGGCUAAAUAUGCGAAGACAGUGCUACCAUCAUUAUCUCGACUCUUGGCUGGUCCGAAGGAGGUUUCUGAACCUUCAGCUGAAGCACUUGUUAAUUUAUCUCAAAACUCAAAUCUAGCAGCAGAGAUGGUUCAAUUGGGAAUGAUCAAAACUGCGAUGGAUGUUUUAUACAAGCCAGAGUGUAUCAUUACUCGCUUGCUUGUCAUGCUUUUGGUUAAUCUAACGCAGUUAGAUGCUGGUAGUGCUUCCUUGCUCCAGACUGGUGAUGAUAAGGUGCAUGGACUAUAUGUGAUGAAGCUUGUCAGGUCAUUUUGUAGAACCACCCAUGAAAGUCAUGAUGAUCCUUUUGAACAUGUUGGAUCAAUACUUGUUAAUAUCUCAAAGCAGCAAGCAGGAAGGAAGCUUCUGCUUGAUUCAAAGAGAGGUCUCUUAAAGCAGAUGAUUAGACAAUUUGAUUCAAACAGCUUAUUGAGAAAGAAAGGGGUCUUUGGAACUUUACGCAACUGUUGUUUUGAAGCUGAAAGUCAGCUACAAAAUUUACUUUUGAUAUCUGAGUUUCUCUGGCCAGCAUUACUUCUUCCAGUGGCUGGCCAUAAGUUAUAUAGUGAGCAAGACACAUCAAAGAUGCCACUUGAACUUGGGACUGCCCUCUCAAUUGAGCGUGAACCAGUUACUGAUGCUGAAAUUCGUAUUCAAGCAUUGGAAGCCAUAUACUUGAUUGUAUUGCAGGAGACAGGUCGAAGAGCGUUUGGUCUGUAA